UAGGGCUCUUUAGGGUUUCGCGUUCUAGGGCGAUCGGCGAUCGGCGAUCCGCGAUGGUGGUCUGCGCGUGCCGCAAGGCCACGCGAAUCUACUGCUAUUGCCACUCUCUCGCGCUCUGCGGUGAAUGCGUGUGCGCGGAUCAGCACAAGAUUUGCGUGGUGCGAACUUAUCCCGAGUGGGUGAUCGACCCUGACUACUCGUGGCCUCCAAAAUGUAGCGUUUGCGAUGAGGAGCUUCGUGAAGAUCAAGCGGUGUCCAGACUGGGAUGUCUACAUGCUUUGCAUUCUUCCUGCUUGGAGUCACACCUCAAGAGCUUCCCAGAUCAUACAGCUCCGGCUGGUUAUGGAUGUCCAGAGUGUGGCUUGCCGCUUUGGCCUCCACCGCCAAAGAACUUUCGAAACUUCAACGUUGGUCUUCCUUUGAAACUCAGGGAAGCGAUAGCACAGGCUGGCCUCGCAGGAACUUUGCUGGGAGGUGACUUGACGAAUCCGGAUGCCGCACCGGCAGCGUUUUCGUCCAUGCCUCUCGUCUCUACCAUCGGGAUCCCGGAGAAGAGCGCGCUUGAAGGCCACCAACCUGUCUCGACAGUGAGCGAGAUAUCUGCUGUGGAUGAGCCGUCAUCUACUGCUCCAGUGGCCUCCACCUCUGCAAAUACUUCGCCAUCUCCCAAUGUUUCGUCCCAAAUGGCAAAUUCUCUAGCAAGGAAAAAUUCCUACCGGCCGGAGAAGGUUGUCAUAGGAUCAAUGCCUUACAUCGACGAUGAUGGUGACGAUGAGGACGCAAUCAGUAGAAAAUAUGCCCGUCGUGGGCCCUUCUACAAGCAACUUUUGACGCACAUCCUACCGUUUUGGUCCCCCGCAUUGCCAACUUUGCCAGUGACAAAUCCCAACCUGCGGAAAGAUGGCGAUGAAGACCGUGGCGAGCUUCACUCUCGUCGUCGCCAUCACCGGCAUUCAACCGUUGAUCCGAGAAACAUCCUCUUCGUUUUUGCGAUCCUGUCUUGCAUUGCGACAAUGUUGCUGCUGUACUACCGCUUGAUCCAAAACUCGUCCCUGGCAACAACGUCGUAAGGAAAAACAAAGACAGCGUAUUCCCUGUUUGCUGCUUUGUCACCUCAAUCUCAGAAACGUUUCCACUCCUUUGCUUUCAGUGGCCAACUUGGUGUGUCCUUCGAUUCAGCCAGGCAAAAAAAAAAGGAGAGAACGAGCGAAUAAAGAUUAAAGAAUGGUACCAUGUUGGUGUCUGAA